AAUGUUAUACACCGACAUGAGACUUCCGGUUAUGACUUGGACUUGGCGCAAUUUUUCUUCGGUGGUUGUUUAACAUAAAAUUCAUUUGAUUGAAUACAAAUGCAACGAUGCCCCGGUCUGAAAAAGGGACGUUCAGGAAAGCUUCGUUCCUGCGCAGACUUGAGGGACUAAAGAAAGCAGGAGAAGCAAGAGAAGCCCAUGCCUUACGAGGUAAACAUGGUAAGUGUCUGUAUUGUGCGAUCGUUCUGCUCUAUUUUGACAGUUGGAAUACGUAGCAAAAGAUUCGAUCAUUAAAUUAAUCUAUUUUGUAAAUAUUAAAUGCCAAAAAUGAUGCUCCGUGCUUGGAAAAUGAUUCUUCCCCUGUCCUACGAACCGUUAAUGGUCAAAGUGCAGAGAGUUCAUGGCGUGUCGGAAGACGGAUUGUAGAACUCGGCACUCUUGUUGAUAAUUUAAAAAGAGGUUGCACUAUGUGUGGGAAUGCACUUCAGCUUGUCAACACUAUAGGUGAAAGGAAAUUUGGACUAGGACAGGUUCUGCAGAUAAAGUGCACACAUUCCACUUGUGCCCAUGUUAACGACAUACCCACGAGCAGUAAGCAUAGGGUUAAAGCAAAUAUGAAGCAAUAUGCUGGGGAUGUCAACACAAAGCUGGCUGCAGGUAUGCUAAAUGGUGGUUAUGGAAUAACUCAUGUAAAUGCAUUACUGGCUGCAUUGAAUAUCCCGGGGAUCACAAAUAAGAGUCUUAAAAGCAGAGAAAGAGAGGUGGGGAAACACUUAGAGGCAAUGGCAGGGCAGAGUUGUAAUGAAGUUCUUCAAGAAGAAAUGAAACUAAGUGAUGGAGACAUCACUGUGUCUUUUGAUGGUGCCUGGCAGAAGAGAGGUACUGGUAGAGGAUACAAUAGUCUCACUGAUUUGGAAGAAAAUUUUAAAACCCGGUUUGGGGAUAUUAAAGCUAUAUUUCGGUGGUAUUUGCUCUGGCAUACACCUUCAUUUGAAAAUUAAAAGUUUUAUCUCACUGGCAUGUGUUUAAAACCAUUGUGAGUGCUAACAAAAAUAUCUCCAGAAUUACUUCCUCUUGAUAUAGGAUAUAAAUACUCCUCGUCCUCAUUCAAAAAGGAAGAAGCAUUUAACUUGUUUAUGAACAUGUAUAUAAAAUUACUUAGUUCAUUAGGAUAGUAUUGU